AUGGGCGGUCCAGCACCUCCGGGUCCUCCGCGGACUCGAGGGUCGGUUGACGAUCACGGUGUUUAUGACGAUGCGAGAACCUACUAUACCGCCGAAGAGCGCCAUCUCAACACGCGCGCUGGUCCAAGAACCCGCACCUACUCGCAGAACAGUUUGUUCAAGCAGAUGGAGCGGCUGGGUUUACAGGAGCCCUACCGGCGAGGAAGUCAUGACGAGAGCACGAUCCCCCACUCCCGCCGAUUCCUAAUCCAGGUCGAACCCACCCUCCAAAGCCUCCUCGCUCAGGAGGAUCCAGACAAAAACAUGCAGAUUACAAUCGAGGACAAUGGACCAAAGGUUCUCACUCUACGCACGGCAGCGUCCAAUGGUCACAACCGCUUCGAUAUCCGGGGCACUUACAUGCUUUCCAACCUUCUCCAAGAGCUAUCACUGGCUAAGGAAUACGGUCGCAAGCAAAUCAUCUUGGACGAGGCAAGAUUAAAUGAGAAUCCUGUCAACCGGCUGUCGCGGAUGAUUCGAGACCACUUCUGGGAGGGCCUCACACGGCGAAUUGACGCUUCCAGCAUCGAAGUUGCUGCUCGGGAUCCCAAAGAUUGGACCGAUGACCCGCGGCCACGUAUUUACGUUCCUAGUGGCGCCCCUGAACAGUAUGAAUAUUACAAGAAAUUGGCCGAGGAGCGACCCGAGAUUCGGUUGGACGUACAGCUACUCCCCGAGAAAAUCACUCCUGAGCUCGUUCGGGAUAUGAACGCCAAACCCGGUCUUUUGGCAGUCGACAUGGAGGAAACGACGGAUCCCAAGACGGGAAAGAAGACGCUGAGAGGUCGGCCAUUCGUCGUCCCGGGAGGGCGUUUCAAUGAGUUGUAUGGGUGGGACAGUUACAUGGAAUCCCUUGGAUUGCUAGUCCAUGACAAGGUCGAUCUUGCCAAGUCGAUGGUGCUCAACUUCUGCUUCUGCAUCAAGCACUAUGGCAAAAUCCUGAACGCCACGCGGUCGUACUACCUCCUUCGGUCGCAGCCCCCAUUUCUCACAGACAUGGCCCUCAGGGUGUACGACAAGAUAAAGCACGAACCGGGCGCUGUCGAUUUCCUCCGGACCGCGAUUCUAGCGGCCAUCAAAGAGUACCACAGCGUGUGGAUGGCCGAGCCGCGGCUUGAUCGGGUGACCGGGCUGUCGCGGUACCGUCCUGAAGGACUUGGCGUCCCGCCCGAGACAGAGGCCGGACACUUCGUCCACAUUUUGGAGCCCUACGUGAAGAAGUACGGCAUCACGUUUGAUGAGUUCGUCGACGCUUAUAACCACGGUCGAAUUAAAGAACCCGCACUGGACGAGUAUUUCAUGCACGACCGGGCGGUGCGUGAGUCGGGUCACGACACGACGUACCGCUUCGAGGGCAUCUGCGCUAAUCUGGCUACCAUCGACCUCAACUCGCUGCUCUUCAAGUAUGAGACAGACAUUUCGCGCAUCAUCCGCAGCGUGUUCGGGGACAAGCUGGUGAUUCCGGAAGAGUACUGCACUGGCACAUCGCUGCAGCCCGGCCAUGUUGAGACGUCGGCCAUCUGGGACCGCCGCGCAAAACGCCGCAAGCUGGCCAUCGACAAGUACCUCUGGAAUGAGGAGGAAGGCAUGUACUUUGACUAUGACACGGUCAAGCGAGAGCAGUGUACGUAUGAGAGCGCCACGACCUUUUGGGCCCUCUGGGCUGGAGUUAGUAGCCCCAAGCAAGCGGCGGCCAUGGUCACCAAGGCCCUGCCGCGGUUCGAGGCGUUUGGCGGCUUGUUGUCGGGAACCAAGGAGAGCAGAGGCGAAAUUGGCCUGGAGCGGCCCAACCGCCAGUGGGAUUACCCUUACGGUUGGGCGCCGCAGCAGAUGCUGGCCUGGACAGGCCUGUAUCGGUACAGCUUUACCGAGGAGGCGGAGCGACUGGCCUACAAGUGGCUCUUUAUGAUCACCAAGGCGUUCGUUGAUUUCAACGGGGUGGUUGUCGAGAAGUAUGAUGUCACGAGGCCGAUCGAUCCGCACAGGGUCGAUGCUGAGUAUGGCAACCAGGGAUUGGACUUCAAGGGCGUUGCUAAGGAGGGAUUUGGUUGGGUCAACGCCAGCUACAUUUACGGCUUGCAGAUUGUUAAUGCCCAUAUGCGCCGGGCGCUGGGUACGUUGACCCCUUACGAGACUUUUGUCAAGGCGGUUGAGGAGAACCGGGCGAAGGCUCUGGCGGAGCUGGAGUGA